UCCAGCAGCCUCUACCUUUACUACCCCCCAAUGGCAGAUAAACGCCCGCCUACUCCUCCCCAAGAGGCCCCAGAAGGCUACGCUCGCCCGGAUGACCUCAGUUCGUUCGCAAGCAUCACAUACUCGCUAGCUCGCGGUGGUUCUAACCCCCCUAAGCUUCGGACUAAGCGAGAAGACUUCGUUGACGGGGACAUAAUAAUCAGUAUUGAGAUUACCAAGGACCAAAUGCGUGUGUUACACCUGAAAAAUGUGCGCGAGGACACACUCAAGGAGGCAAAAACUACUGUCAAUGGUUUUCUGGACCAGAUAGAGCCGCUUUGUGAUGGCAAUGGUACUGGCGGUACCGUUUUCGAGAUGUUUGAUAGGGUUUAUGCGGAUAUGGAUGACCAAGUCGUGGCUGUCAUGGGCCAUGUUCACGAGCUUUCCUCCAUACUGGCCAAGAUCGAUGCUUCUGUCAAUAUGUACCCCAAGAAACUGGUAUCCAACAGCCCUGACAACAUUCAUCAGGGUCAAUCUUAUAAUGCGGUCGCCGAGCUUCGGAGUGCCAGUGAUGCCUUCUACAAGCAAGUCGAGGCGAUCAAGUCAAAGUCAAAGGGCUACUGUAAUGAUACUCACCCUACAAGAAAUGGGUUUGGAGUGACCAGGGCAAAUUGCGACGUUCACCGAAAUCUCAUUGCUUCCAUGAUGGAGCAGAGCCGGAACCGCGGCCUCUGGUUCCAUUGGGAUGAGUCUAGCUACGAAGGCAGCAGGCAGCGACACAUGGGCGUUUGGCUAACCUACGUUGUUUACUUUGAUGAUGAUACUGAAGGUUGGAAACACAGAGUGUGGGGGUGGCCUGAGCGACUGUGGUAUCUUGAUGAUCCACGGUAUUGUACCAUGUUUACCGUGAACUCGCCGCCACCACUCUUCAUGGAGAACGAUGUGCGGCCGUUCGCGAGCUACACCUACCUGCUCGUUGAAGGUGGUGCUGGGCCACAGAAACUCCGUCCCGAUGUACGUGACACCGACAUGGUGCUCUUGAUCGAGGUCAAGGAUCGGGUUUUCCGCCUGUUGCAUUUGUACCAUGUGCGCGAAGAGACAAGUGCGGCGGCAAAGGCUGCCAUCGAGAACUUUCUUGACCACUUCGAAUCAGUCGACGACAACAAGAGAGGCAAAGUGGACUAUGGCACGCAUCGUAGAACUUUCCACAUGUCUGGCGAGGAUACUAAAAGUGUUCAUCGGGAAAUUCUAGACUUCACUGAAGCUGAAGUUAAGAAGCGUGCCUUGCGCUGCAAGUGGAAGACUGCAGGUUGGUGGAGCGGUUAUUGCAUCUGGCGCAGAGAAGAUCGCACGCGGUGGAACCGCGAACAGCCAGACUACUUAGCUCAGAACGUGUUUUGA